CGAGAUGGAUUGCAAACUGCAUUGAUUAUUAUAUUAGUUGGAAUGGUUUGACCAGAUGAAGAAAUUUCACGCGUUUGAAUAAAAAUUUUGUGUUUUCUUUUUGUUCAAUUUCUAGAACGAUGCAGAGAGCUCACACUGAGCGCACGAGAAUAAUCAUCGAACGGCAGUUUGUUCGUAUUUCGGUGUAGUGAAAUUAUUAUCACUUGAAUUACUAUUGAUUUUCUUUCGUCACAUCUCUCUCGCUCGCUCUCUCUCGCUCUCCUACUCUCUCAGAGGUUAAAGGCGUGUAUUUGUGAUAUUUAUUGUGAUAGACAGACUACUACUAUCACACGAUAAUAGCGAACGCAAACAAAUUCCUUGCACAUUUUGUGUGUUUUUCCAUUAUAUUCCAACAACGGUACGGAACAACAUUUUCAACACGGAUUCAGUCAUUUCAGUCACUUGACGCGAAAAGUGGUUCAGACUCGUUCAAUACAAUUUAAAAAAAAAAAUAGUACACCAUAACCAUCGGGAGUUGGUCUUGAAAAUAGCGGAAUCAACUGUUGAGUCGUGAAGUGUAGCGUGUGUACCUUUCAAAAACAAAAAAAAUCAAAUAACAAAAAGUGACAAUUCCGAAUUUAAAACUGAUAAUGGAUUAUUGUGAGGCUGUCGUUGAUAAAGUUAAAACCGACGCUAUUACACAGCGAAAUCAUUUGACAAUAACAAUAAUUUAUCAAUUAAAAUUUUGUAUUUAAAAUUUGAAAAAAAUCAAACAAACGCACGCAUUUGACACAUUGUUUUCAAUUGAUAAGUGAUACCCGGGUGAAAUUUGAAAUUGAAAAAAAAAAACAACCGUGACUUGUGACCAAUUGGAAUUAAUCAAUUUCUAAAAUGAGUUUUGACGAUUUUGACGACUUCGAAUCAAAGCAAUCGUUGAAUAAUUCGUCCAAUUGGAGGUGGCCCUUUCCAAUACGUGAAAAUUCAAUGGGCGAUGAAACGGACUCUGAAUCGGUAAAGUUGCGUAUACGUGAGGCGAAUAAUGAGAAACCACCGCCAAAGCCGAUUCAAUUGAAAAUACAGAAAAACUGGAAAGAAUUGGUUUGCCGGCGUAUUUAUAUUUUGUCAUGGAUCGGAAACUAUGAUCAAACUACCGCCUAUUCCGAUUUGAUAGCAGGCGUAACGCUCGGUCUGACAAUGAUCCCACAGGCAAUUGCAUACGCUGCACUGGCCCAGUUGCCAUCACAUUACGGAUUGUAUGCGGCAUUCAUAGGGGCAUUUAUUUACGUAUUUUUCGGAACGAUAAAAGAGGUGUCGAUUGGUCCCACGUCAUUGAUGUCAAUUUUGACGCUGCAAUACACGUUUGGUAAGCCACCAGAAUUCGCAAUCAUUUUGGCAUUUUUAUCCGGCUGUGUGGAACUGGCGAUGGGUGUGUUAAAAUUAGGUUUUAUCGUUGAUUUUAUUUCGGUUCCUGUUACGAGUGCAUUUACAUCAGCCACGUCGCUUAUUAUAAUCGGUUCACAGUUGAAAAACCUAGUCGGAAUUGAGUAUUCCUCGAAAGGGUUCGCGGACUCGGUUUCAAUGCUCAUUGAACGAUUGGAGCACAGCGGUCAUUGGGAUGCUUUAUUGGCCAUUGGAUGUUGCAUCUUUUUGCUUGCACUUCGCCAAAUCAAAGAAAUCAAAGUGAAUGAAGAGACAAGACGAGGACAAAUAAUAAAGAAGAGUCUUUGGUAUCUAAGCAUUUCAAGAAAUGCGCUCAUUGUUUUGAUUACAUCAGCCAUUGGAUAUAAUUGGACAGCUAGUCAUGUGCCUCCAUUCAAAUUAUCCGGCGACGUGGAGCCGGGAAUGCCAGAAAUAUCACUACCACCAUUUCAAAUAUCCCACCAUAAUACCACGUUGUCAUUUACACAAGUAUGUGCUGAACUUGGCACCGGGAUCAUUGUUGUUCCUUUGGUUGCUGUUCUCGCAAACGUUGCCAUCGCAAAAGCAUUCACAACUGGACUAGCGGUCGAUGCAUCACAAGAGAUGAUGACAUUAGGUUUAUGUAAUAUUGUUGGUUCUUGCUUCAAAUCAAUGCCAACUUGUGGGGCAUUCACCCGUAGUGCCGUCAGUCAUACAUCAGGUGUCAAGACACCAAUGGCUGGUCUUUAUUCAAGUAUUAUGACUGUUUUAGCGUUAAGUUUACUUACACCAUACUUUAAAUUCAUUCCAAAAGCAACAUUAGCCUCAGUUCUUGUGAUAGCUGUUAUGUUCAUGAUAGACUUUAAGUUGCCCAUUCAAUUAUGGCGAAAGAACCGUAGAGAUUUUCUUGCAUGGCUUGCCUGUUUGAUCGUGUGUUUAAGUGCAGGUGUUGAGAUUGGUUUGAUGUGCGGCGUUGUUUUGAAUAUAUUACAUUUGUUAUUCAUGUGGGCUCGACCUGAAACCAUUGUGAAAAUUGACGAAUUGGAUAACAUGCAAUACAUAAAAAUAGUGCCCAAUGUCGGAAUGUUCUUCCCGGGCAUCGAUCACUUGCGUGAAACGGUCAACAAAGCUGCUUCAGCUGCCGAAUAUAAAGUACCGGCCGUUGUCGAUUGCACCAAAUUCAAUGGAUUGGACUACACAUCGGCUCAGGGUAUCAUUGGUCUUGCCGACGAUUUACAUAAGAAAAAGCAAGUUCUUAUUUUACAAAAUUUGGAUUUAAAUCUUCAUCAUUUCAUCUCGUCCAAUCAUGUGCUGUUUUGUAAUCGAGAGGAAACGCUUCGCGAACUAUUAACACAAGAAGGCAUACGAAACGGAUCAAUAAAUUUAAUGCAGCACAUUCGAGCUUCAAUCGAUCUCGGAUACAAAGUUGAUCCAUUGAUUCAUGUGAAUGAGAAAAGACUCCACGAUUGACUUGUACUUUAAAAGUGAAUUAUAAUAAUAUAGAAUGAACAAAUUAUUUUUUUUUCAACAAAUUUCUAGUAAAACAAAUUCAUUGGCUUUUUUUUCAUUUUUAAUACGUUAUAUUUAAUGUGUGUUUGUGUUUUUUUAUAAUAUAUAUAUUGUUUUUUCUCUGGAUAAUUUGUUAAUCGAAUUUUGUAGAAAAAAAACUUGUUGAGAUAAAGAAUGUUAAGACAGUUUUUUAAGGUAAUUUAAUUCAAUUCGCGUUUAGAAUGAUGAAUAAAAGAGAAUGUUGAGAGUA